GAUGGAGGAGGGGGGGGGCGCUCCCUCUCUCCCUCUAUCCCCACCUCUCUCUCUCUCUCGCUCACCCUCUCGCUCCCUCUCUCUCCUGUCCUCAGUGCAGGACGCAGGACACAGUCGCUCUCCAAGGUGCUGAAACCCUCAGCGCUCCUUCUUCAGUCUCUACGAUAAAUGUGACUGAAACCCAACCUAAUUCCUGACUUCAGUGCCUCCUAGACUUAAUAUUUUACACUGCGCAACUUCGACCCACAGGGAUUCUUUUUUUUUUUUUUCAUGCAUCCGUUGGACCUAUUAGCUACACACAGUGACUGUCUACUGUGCUCUCACAUUCACCUGCAGUGUUGGGAAAUACUGAAUUGAGUCCAGAUUCUCAGGGACAGCUGAGGAGGAUUUGUCUUUCCCCCCCACGCUGUUUUCCUCUCUCUCUGCUUCUCUGUCCCUUCCUGUUCCUUCUGGACGUAAACUGUGAUAUUGUUUUUACACGGUCAACCCAAUCAGGAUAAUCAUGAAGCAGCACUUUCACACGGAUACUGUUGUCUUUGCAUUGGAGAGCAGGGACCGCGUCUUCAAACGCUGGUGUUUUAAUUGCAUUCAAACACGUCUCCACGACUAGAGGCGCAGCGUUUAAAGGAGUCUUUCUUCUAGAUCCCGGCGAUUUUAUUUUUAUUUUAUUUUUUUACCCUGUGGAUAAAGUGAAGUUUUGGAGGGAAAGGGCGAACAUCCAUCUUCACCCUGACUGGACAGCAGUUUGUGCACGUCUAUUCCCCCCAAGUGACGACGAUGACGAUAACAAGUGGCGGUACGGACGCGGUGUGGAUACCGGCAGCCUAGGGAUGACAUCCACACAAUCUGGUUAAAUGUGGACAUCGACGCCGGGGCGAAGGAUGGGGCCUCUCCUAACGCCUGCCUUCGUCCUCCUGUUGGCCCUGAGCACCGUGUCUCCGGCCUCGGUGGGUAACCCUGAGGAUUACAUCGCGGACGAGGCAGAGCGGACCGCCGGCGAAAACAUCGUCUUCGAUGAUUACCGGGGCAAAGGAUGCGUGGAUGACAGUGGCUUUGUCUACAAACUCGGGGAGCGCUUCUACCCGGGACACUCAAACUGUCCGUGCGUGUGCACGGAGGACGGGCCAGUGUGCGACCAGCCCGAGUGCCCCAAACUGCAUCCUAAGUGCACCAAAGUGGAACAUAAUGGAUGCUGCCCCGAGUGCAAGGAGGUUAAAAACUUUUGCGAGUAUCGAGGGAAAACGUACAAAAUCCUGGAAGAGUUCAAGCCGUCGCCCUGUGAAUGGUGCCGCUGCGAACCAAAUAACGAGGUGCACUGCGUGGUGUCGGACUGUGCCGUUCCAGAGUGCGUCAACCCCGUGUACGAGCCGGAGCAAUGCUGCCCCAUCUGUAAAAAUGGUCCAAAUUGCUUUGCUGGAACCACGAUUAUUCCAGCCGGAAUUGAAGUAAAGGUGGACGACUGCACCAUCUGUCGCUGCCACAACGGAGACUGGUGGAAGCCAGCGCAGUGCUUGCGACGGGAAUGCCUCAACGGCCAGUGAUUGUCGUAGAGAGACUCCACAGGGAAGGUGGAGCAGCUCAGGCAAGACCCUGCUUUCUACCGCACCCUUUUGUAUGAUUGACAGGGCAGGAGCACAAUCCCACGUUACCCGAGACAACGGGGAGACAUUCACGAGGUUCACGUAGGAAUCUGGCCUGACGAGGGAAAAGGACCUUGUCCCGCGGCCGCUUCCAUUCUCCUGUUCUGCUCGUCCUACAUUAUUUGGAAACGUUGACUCGCUCCACCCGCUGCUCCCCCACAGAACUUUUCUAAGCUCCUGGAACUCUUUCCUAAACAGUGGCAAUGUUGAAUUGCUCACGUUGAUUUCUGUAUGUAUGUAUGUAUAAUGUCAGCUGCUUGUCUGUCUGUCACAAUCACGCAGAUGUUGUAAAAUUCCAACAGCUGGGAAAACCAACCGUAAGCACACUUAACGGCGCUUUUUUAAUUUUCCUACCAGUAGCUAUGGACUCUGUGCAGUACAAACAUCACAAAGGCGUGUUCACAAUGACACUCUCGAAAGAUUGUUUACAGAACGACCAUCGCACCUACACUCUUGUCGUCAUCACUUUUUAUCCCCAUGGCAGGAAGUCGCUUUUAUGACUGAGAUGAUGCUACUUCUAAUUUUAUAAACCACCACCGCCCCCCCCCAAAAUAAACCUCAAGACAGUGAUUUUAUUGAUCAUCAAACCACACUCCACAGUUCUGUCUCUACACUCUGGGAGUACAGCGAGGUUCAGGUGAAUGAAAUAAUGGAUCGGGAAGACGGUGGCUCCGGAUGUAUGACACGAGGAGUCUAAAAUCGUUUGAAAACCACGUAGGAUGGAAUUCUUAAACGUAACAGCCGUUUUUGUGCUACUGUUGAAGGAAAGUCAAAAAAUUCUAAGAAUUGAAAAAUCUUACUUCAUGAAAAUAAAUAAGCUACGUCGCCACACACGAUGUUUUCAUCAGAGAAAAUCCUAAAAUCAAAUUUUAGGAUUUCAUUCGGAACGGGUCACUGCCUUCUUUCCCUGGUCCAAGGACUACAUUUUGGGUUUCUUUCAAAUAUUCUUGUGACUUUAGCUACUCAUUGAAAAACAUUUUUCUCUUAUAAAUUUUUAUUUUAUUUUCUACCUUUAUGCUCUCGUUUUGUUUUUUUAGCCAAUCCCUUACAUAGCAAAAACCUAGCUAUUUGAGCUAAUGUUAGCCAUUUCUGGGCUACACUGAGGCGGUCUGCUGCUGUUUGACUAACUCAUGUUGGCUAUUUGAGUAUUACAUGCAUUGGCUAACGUUUAGCUGUUUCUAUGCUUAAUUCUAUUUGUUUAUUUCUUGCCAUUCUGGAAACCUUUUUGUUCAUUUCUCCGCUUCUGCGCUAAACAAACAAGAUAUGAUAUAUUGACACUGUACAAACCAUGUGAUGAAUCUGCAACAAACAGACCAGGCGGUCAUUUGCAUAGAAAUACAAAACAGAAGCAAAGGGUGAAAACAAUA